UUUUUCACUGAUGGUGCAAUCGGUGUCUCACUUGACGAGACAACGAAGCCAACGGAUCUGGUCGAUAUGCUCUACGUUUUUAACGGUUCCAAUACAUUGACUGAGGUGCUCUUUCUUUUUGGUGACAGUGUUGUUUCAUUUAAUCAAAAUGGUGUAGCAGUUUUCGAUGAGGUGAAAUUAUUGCAUCUUAAGGAAGAGGUUUCCGACAUUGUAGCGGAGAAGUCCUCUCCACUGGUUGGGAACAGCGAGCACGCUAGAACAAGCCUCUUCCUCGAACAUCCAAUCUUUAACUCUUACCAUAGUGAAGCUCAGCUUGUUAGAUACAUUAAGCGAUUGGAGAACAAAGAUCCAAUAACAUGGACUUCUUUCAACGGACUACAUCCAUUUGUUCCGACUUCACAGGCCAUUGGCUACCAGCGGAUUUUCAAUGAUCUCAAGAAGUGGUUGUGUGAAAUCACCGGUUAUGACAAUAUCAGCUUGCAACCGAAUUCUGGCGCUAACGGUGAGUACGCAGGUCUGCUUGCCAUCCGAAACUUCCACAUCAGUUCAGGUCAGGAACAGAGGAAUGUGUGUCUGAUUCCCACGUCAGCGCAUGGAACAAACCCGGCAUCGGCAAACAUGGCGAACAUGAGGGUUGUAGUGGUGGAUUCCGAUCGACACGGUAAUGUCAACUACAAAGACCUUGCUGCAAAGGCGGAGAAGUACAAGGACGAGUUAGCCGCUAUUAUGGUCACCUACCCGUCCACUCACGGAGUGUUCGAGUCUUCAAUUCGUGAUGUCUGCGAUAAAGUGCAUGAAAACGGUGGUCAAGUAUAUCUCGAUGGGGCGAAUAUGAACGCUCAGGUGGGUCUCUGCCGCCCUGGAGACUACGGUAGUGACGUCUCUCAUUUGAAUCUUCACAAAACAUUCUGCAUUCCUCACGGAGGUGGUGGGCCAGGUGUCGGUCCUGUUGGAGUAAAAAAACAUUUGGCACCAUUCUUACCUGGGCAUCCUGUAAUUGCUGUCGGCGGCAGGGCGGAUGGUGCAGUUGCAUCUGCACCAUGGGGAUCCGCCAGCAUUCUCCCUAUUACAUGGGCCUAUAUUCGAAUGAUGGGCCACAGUGGUUUGAAAAAGGCAUCUCAGGUGGCGAUUUUGAAUGCAAACUAUAUGGCAAAGCGACUAGAAGGAGCAUACCGAAUAGUCUACAAAGAUGAACAGGGUCUGGUGGCGCAUGAGUUUAUUCUAGACUGCAAGCCAUUCAAAAAGUCGGUGGGCAUAGAAGUCGUCGAUAUUGCUAAAAGAUUAAUGGACUACGGGUUCCAUUCGCCAACAAUGUCAUGGCCGGUGUAUGACUGCUUGAUGAUUGAACCAACGGAAUCUGAGGAUAAAGGUGAAAUGGAUAGACUCGUUGACGCUUUGUUAGCGAUUCGUGAAGAGAUCGCCAUGGUUGAACGGGGCGUAUUGGACAGACAACAAAAUCCGCUCAAGAUGGCACCGCACACCUUAGCAAAAGUGGCUGCGAACAACUGGGAACUGCCGUAUUCCCGUGAGAUGGCCGGAUUUCCGAAGCCAUGGUGUCAUCACAAGUUAUGGCCAUCUGUUGGUCGUGUUGAUGAUCAGUAUGGGGAUCGAAACCUCGUCUGUACUUGCCCUCCUAUUGAAAAUUAUGAGUAG